AUGACACAUCGUUGGACAAAGCGUUUACUUCAAAUGAAUGAUGAUGAACUCGAUGCUAUAACCGCCAUUGCCAUUCCUGGUCGACAGGUUCAUCAACUGCUUCGCAAUGAGAAACAGGAAAUAUGUAUGAAAUGGUUAUUUGCAAACGGCUUGUCAAUGAGCCAUGAAUUCACAUUGGCAAUCAAUGAAGACGGAGAAUGUUUUAUUUUACUUUCACCUAAGAAGCAUUGUCAAUGUUGUACGAAAGAUGAUAACAUUGCCAGUUUGCGAUCAUUUGACAAGUCUGUUAUUGGCACAACGUUAGCGUCUACCUUAAAGGAUGAAAUGCAAGUGGACGAUAAACCACCAGAAACAUCAAAUAAUAAGUCUGUGCCGCCGUUAUAUGAACGGAGAAAUCAAAAAAUUCAACCAAUACAUUACCAGCCUAAUGUUGCAGAUACGAAUAAGAAAGAUGAGAAAGAAGAAGAAGAGAGUUGUUGGAAAAUCUUUUGUCGUGAAUAUGGAAUGUGUUGUGUGAAUCUGUGGUCUAAUGUCUAA